AUGGCUCUGCUAACACCAACGACCCCUUCAUCCGGUGGCACGGCGGAUCGGUGUGGAGGAUUGAAAUCGUUCGACCUAAAGCAAGGCUACUGUAACGAUGCGACGAUGGAUGUUUGCUUCAACACCGCUUCGACCUGUGGAGGUUGUGGCCUGCACCAACAAGGACCCGGCCUGGACUCGGUGCAUCAGGGGCAUUCGAUGAGCUACAGCUACACACCGACUUCGGCACCACCGGCGAUGCACUUCUCGAACGCCGGUUACGGUUACGGUCCUGCGGUGCUGGGCUAUCAACAACAGUCCGUCGGCUCGAACUCGAAGACUGACGACGAUCUGUUCUUCAAGUUCGAUCCGGAGUACAUCGAGAAGCUUCAGUCAACGUCCAGCUUCCUACUGUCGCCGGCUUCGACGGCGGUCACUACUCCGCUCACCUGCCAGAGUGUUCUGAGUUGCGCCAGCAGCUGUACGGCGGCCACGGAUUACUAUAACUACAACGAGGUUAACUGCCAGUCGAAGAACCAGUCACCUUGUUCGUCUCCGUUCGCCGGCGACUCCUGGAUGGACGACUUCUCGCUCGGUAUGACCCUCGAUGAGGCCAGCUACUCGGCCUCUCCCAAACCGAGCAACGUUCAGGGGACCAACAGUUCCACCUUGCCACCGAUCGGGGCCGCUUUCGGUGGAUCGUUCGAUCGUUCAAAGUCGCAACCACAGACUGCUGCUGCUACUGCUGCUGGGUACGUUACGGAUCUGUUCGAUGUGUCCUUCAUGGAGCAGUUCAACAGUAGCAACGACACGAUCUCCGGAUCGUCGAGCUGCCCGACUACCGGGUACGACGCGUACAGUUACGCGGCGGAAAACUACAACAAACCGAACCCGUUCGAGGUGAAGCCCAACCGAGAGUUUAAGGACAUCUGGAGGGACGGCUCCCGGCAGGGUGGCAGCGAAACGUGCGACCACAAUCUACUGCUGGUCCCGAAAGUGGAACCGCUCGAACCCCAACCGGAGCCGGAAAUGGACGAGUCGGUGAUUCCGCGCGAGUGCCUCUGGAGCGAUUGCAACACGCUGCUGGCUGACCAACACCAACUGGUGGCGCACAUCGAGAAGACGCACGUGGAAACGAAGAAGGGCGACGAGUUCGCCUGCCAGUGGGUCGACUGUCCCCGCCGGUACCGACCGUUCAACGCACGCUACAAGCUGCUCAUCCACAUGCGCGUGCACAGUGGCGAAAAGCCCAACAAAUGUCCGUUCCCGGAGUGCGAGAAGGCUUUCUCUCGGUUGGAAAAUCUGAAGAUCCAUCAGCGAUCGCACACGGGCGAGCGGCCCUACAAGUGCCAGUUCCAGGGCUGCAUGAAGGCGUUCAGUAACAGCUCGGACCGGGCGAAACACCAGCGAACGCACUACGAUACGAAACCGUACGCCUGUCAGCUGCCCGGUUGCACCAAACGGUACACCGAUCCGUCCAGUCUGCGCAAGCACGUGAAGAACCACGCGCUCCGUCCGUUCGAUGUACCACUGCGCCGGAAGUCACACCGCGCACAGGCGACCCCUCGCCGUCGAUUCUCGGAGCCGCUUGCUCGAAGCUCGAAGCUCGCCCUGGCUUCCGCCGUCGAUGUCACGUUUGAAGUCCCAACCGUGACCGAGUACGAACUGGUGGAUGAUGUGUUCGAUAGCAGCCCUUCCAACCAGGAAGACCCAGGUGCCCAGAAAGUGAAGAAGUCAGGCAUGGAGAACUUCAACGAGAUGUCCAACAGCCUCAUCAAGAUACUGGCACCGCGGGAAGAGUCGAUGGCCUCCGGUGGCCGAUAUCUGCUGGAGGAGUUUGGGUUGUCGUUCGAGCGCGAGAAGAGUUACAGCCCGGAGCAGACCGCAACGAACGGCGGGGACGGGUGUAUGACGUUGAUGGCCACCGAGAAGGGUUUCGUGCCGUCGUUUAGUGAGUACGAUUUUUUCGGUGGAGUUGUUUAG